AUGUGUAAGGGAUUAACAACACUGCCUGCAACCUGUUUGAAAAGGUAAGAUGGCUAUUUUAGUUGUUUGAGGUUGUUAGCAUGUUGUUUUAGAUCACUAGUAACAGACAUGUAAUACAUGUGAAAUCCUAACAAAUAAAUGAUGUAAUAUCUGUACUGUAAUGGGAGAUUUUCAGACAGUAUUGUAUGUUGAAUACAAGCCUUGUGUGCCAGGCAUCUUGGUUCUGCUAUAAUAAUAGGACACAUGGCUGUGUCUUAAUUAGAUGUUUAUACAUUCUGUAGCCUAACACUAACCACUCAGUCUCCCUUCCCUCAGUGCCAAAGACAUCAAGCACAAGAUUGGCUUUCUGCUCCAUAAGCCUGAGUUUCCACCAGACCAGGAACAUAUCAAAGAGAAGACCAACACUACCAAGAGGUGAGUUUACAGGAGAAUACUGAAACAUUUUAACCUUGAAUGUAUUGAUUGAUUUAUCAUUUAUUUAUGAAGGACAUCAAUAUUAAGGAUCUAUUUUACCAGGGAGACCUGUUGUAUGAGAGCAGCAAACAAACAAUUGAUUCUAAUCAUCAUACAUAAUAUUGAACAACACACCAGAUAUCAUAGAUAAAACAGCAUUCAGAUUCUAUGAAAUGUAUUUAUCACACCAUGGGGAAUGAUACUCUCAAGGCAAUAACCAGUGUGCACGUAGGUAAAUAACUUUAAUGCAGGUUGAAUUGCUGUGUUGGAGUCCUCCCCCUAGGGAACAUCUGCUGUCCCUAAACUAGUUAGCAAAGACAAUCUCCAGCCUGACCUUUCCUUUCAUUAGGACUAAUCUAAUCAAUGCCCUUGCGAUGAAAACAAAUAGAUGCAACCCGAUAAUUGUCUUCACAAUUUCCAGUAAUGCAGUGGUGUAAAGUACUUAUGUAAAAUUACUUUAAAAUACUACUUAAGUUGUUUCUUUGGGGUUUCUGUACUUUACUUUACUCUUUUUUAAACUUUUACUUUUACUUCACUACAUUCCUAAAGAAAAUAAUGUACAUUUUAUCUGACACCCAAAAGUACUCGUUACAUGAUGAAUGCUUAGCAGGACAGGAAAAUUGUCCAAUUCACAUGUGGUCAUCCCUACUGCCUCUGAUCUGGCAGACUCACUAAAUACAAAUGCAUCGUUCGUAAAUUUUAAAAACAAGAAAAUGUUGCUGUCUGCUUUGCUUAAUAUAAGGAAUUUGAAAUUAUGUAUACUUUUACUUUUGAUACUUAAGUAUAUUUUAGCAAUUAAAUGUACUUUUGAUUCUUAUAUAUAUAAGUAUAUUUAGAACCAAAUACUUUUAGACUUUUACUCAAGUAGUAUUUUACUGGGUGACUUUCACUUUUAAUUGAGUAACUUUCUAUUAAGGUAUCUAUACUUUUACUCAAGUAAGAGAAUUGGGUACUUUUUCCAUAAUUGUACUUAUGGAUCAAAACUGUAAAUUGUACUUUUAAUACUUAAUUGACGUAUUUUAGUAUGCUUGGUUACUCAUUAACUCAAAGAGGUGUAUAUGUUACGGUUGAUGCUCAUGGAAAAUACAGUAGCAAAUGUCCUGUUGUAAAGAGCAUUAUGUAAGAUGGUAGAUAUGACAUCUGCAGGUAUCAUUAAAAUACAGGCUGUUAGCAAUAUGCAGGUCAAGAACUGUGGGAUAUCAACACACAACGGAUGUACUGAAAUCCGACUUGGGUUCAAAUACAUCUGUAUUUGAUUAUGUGUUUUUAAAUAAUAAUUUGCUGUGUAUUUGAUUAUUUUCAAUAAUGUGGCCUGAAUCAACUACUUCUAUUGGAAGCAUUUGAAAGUAUUUUCCAUUAAUUUCCUCGAAAUAGCCUACUUUCAAAUACUUAUUUCAAAUACUAUUUUCAAAUACCUGGGUCAAAUGCAUGGGAGUGUAUUUGAGUCAUUGUAUUUGAGUAUUUAUUUUAAAAUACAUGACAAUACUUUCCAAGUGUAUUUCCAAAUACAUUCCAGUAUUUAUUUUAUAUAAUUUUUUUAUUUCACCUUUAUUUAACCAGGUAAGCCAGUUGAGAACAAGUUCUCAUUUACAACUGCGACCUGGCCAAGGUAAAAAAAGCAGUGCGAUAAAAACAACAACACAGAGUUACAUAUGGGGUAAACAAAACAUAAAGUCAAAAAUACAACAGAAAAUAUAUAUACAGUGUGUGCGAAUGUAGUAAGUUAUGGAGGUAAGGCAAUAAAUAGGCCAUAGUGCAAAAUAGUUACAAUUUCGUAUUAACAAUGGAAUGAUAGAUGUGCAAAAGAUGAUGUGCAAAUAGAGAUACUGGGGUACAAAUUAGCAAAAUAAAUAACAAUAUGGGGAUGAGGUAGUUGGAUGGGCUAAUUACAGAUGGGCUGUGUACAGGUGCAGUGAUCGGUAAGCUGCUCUGACAACUGACGCCUAAAGUUAGUGAGGGAGAUAAGAGUCUCCAGCUUCAGAGAUUUUUGCAGUUCGUUCCAGUCAUUGGCAGCAGAGAACUGGAAGGAAUGGCGGCCAAAGGAGGUUUUGGCUUUGGGGAUGACCAGUGAGAUAUACCUGCUGGAGCGCAGACUACGGGUGGGUGUUGCUAUGGUGACCAGUGAGCUAAGAUAAGACGGGGAUUUGCCUAGCAAAUUAUAGAUGACCUGGAGCCAGUGGGUUUGGCGACGAAUAUGUAGUGAGGGCCAGCCAACAAGAGCGUACACGUCACAAUGGUGGGUAGUAUAUGGGGCUUUGGUGACAAAACGGAUGGCACUGUGAUAGACUACAUCCAAUUUGCUGAGUAGAGUGUUGGAAGCUAUUUUGUAAAUGACAUAGCCGAAGUCAAGGAUCGGUAGGAUAGUCAGUUUUACGAGGGCAUGUUUGGCAGCAUGAGUGAAGGAGGCUUUGUUGCGAAAUAGGAAGCCGAUUCUAGAUCUAACUUUUGAUUGGAGAUGCUUAAUGUGAGUCUGGAAGGAGAGUUUACAGUCUAACCAGACACCUAGGUAUUUGUAGUUGUCCACAUACUCUAGGUCAGACCCGCCGAGAGUAGUGAUUCUAGUCGGGUGGGCGGGUGCAAGCAGCGUUCGGUUGAAGAGCAUGCAUUUAGUUUUACUAGUGUUUAAGAGCAGUUGGAGGCUACGGAAGGAGUGUUGUAUGGCAUUGAAGCUUGUUUGGAGGUUUGUUAACACAGUGUCCAAUGAAGGGCCAGAUGUAUACGAAAUGGUGUCGUCCACAUAGAGGUGGAUCCGAGCGUCACCAGCAGCAAGAGCAAUAUCAUUGAUAUACACAGAGAAUAGAGUCGGCCCAAGAAUUGAACCCUGUGGCACCCCCAUAGAGACUGCCAGAGGUCCAGACAACAGGCCCUCCGAUUUGACACGUUGAACUCUAUCUGAGAAGUAGUUGGUGAACCAGGCGAGGCAGUCAUUUGAGAAACCAAGGCUAUUUAGUCUGCCAAUAAGAAUGCGGUGGUUGACAGUCUCGAAAGCCUUGGCCAGGUCGAUGAAGACGGCUGCGCAGUACUGUCUUUUAUCGAUCGCGGUUAUAAUAUUGUUUAGGACCUUGAGCGUGGCUGAGGUGCACCCAACUACUUGUCUUUAAAGAUAGAUAAUAUCUGAAUACUUACUUCGAAAUGUAUGUGAAAGUAAUUGAAGAGUUUCAUUCCAUUUUCAGAAAUGUUGGCAAAUUAGCUUUUAUUCUUUAAAAAACGUAUAAAAGAGAUUGAUGUGUUUUUUCACCAUCUAAUUAUGGGAUUGGUUGUUCAAUGACAGACGUAUUUGUUUGAAAUCUAUCACUUGAUAGUUUCAUUUCAGAGAGACAAAUAAUCAUGUUUUGUUGCAAAAUGCUAUACAUCCGCCUCACUCUCAGGAGGAAUAAGUAGUACUGCUAGGUUUUACACAGUCAAAUGUAAUAAAUAAAUAUCAAUAUUAUAAAUUUUUAUUUUUAUGAAUCAAUAUAGUAAAAUGAAAUCUAUAUGAAAAAUAUUUACAUUUGACAUUUUAGUAUUUUAGCAGAUGCUCUUUUUCAGAGUGACUUACUUACAGUUAGUGCAUCCAUCUUAAGAUAUCUAGGUGAGACAGCCACAUAUCACAGUCAAAUACAGAAUAUUAACAUUCCAUUCCAGCUAUACAAUAGAUAUAUAGUGUUUUACAACAAAACCCAGUUUAAUAAACAUCUAAAAUCUAUUGAAUAAAAAUAUGAGAACAGUAAUAUUUUACAAACACAUGAAGGUACCCAUGAGCAAUCAUUUCUGACGAAAAAACACAAAUGUGAAAUUGGUGGAUAUAGUGUUUUGGAAUAAAACUCUUCAUUUGAGAUAUUUCAAAUAGUAUUUGAACCCAGGUCUGAUUGAAAUAUUGGUUAUUGUUAAUCCCAGUAUACAGGUGUAUUAAUGAUGCUCUUUCUCUGGUUUUAGAGUUUCACCUGCUGAUGUAGAGAAAUGGAAACAGUCCUUCAACAACCUGAUGAAUAGUGAAGGUGAGUUUGUCACAAAUCGAAGGAGGCAUUGUAUGGAUACAUUUAUGUAAUUUAGCAGACACUCUUAUCCAGAGCAACAUACAGGAGGAUUUAGGGUUAAGUGCUCAAGGGCACAUCGACAGAUUUUUCACCUAGUCGGCUUGGGGAUUCGAACCAGCGACCUUUUGGUUACUGGCCCAAUGCUCUUAACCACUAGGCUACCUACCGCCCUACUACUGUAGAGUUGGGUAGUCUAUCUUGCUCAAAUGCGCUCAAAUGUGAAAACAUCUUCGAUAAUGGGAUGGUGGUUUACUGAAUUAAAAAGUUGUACAAAAAAAUAUUUGAAUGAAGCUCUCUGCUGCCCCUUGUGUAGAACUCCUAAUCCUCUGUCAAAACUCUGCCACUACCUAUUACCAACCCACAACACUAAUGUUACACCACAAUACAGGACUACAUGUCUUCAAACACUCUAACUUGAGUGACAAUCAUAUCUCCCUCUCCCUUGUCUCUCUGACCCCUGUCUCUCUGUUUAAGAGACUAUCAUGAUGCCUGUGUGGGCUGUAGUGUACUUGGCUGUGGGUUGUUGGGGACUUUACAUGGCUCUUCGGCUGUGUUCUCAUGCUCUGGUCAUGUGCUACGUGUCUGUAGGCAAUGCUUGGUGGCCCCUGAGGGCCUGCUGCUCUGCACCCUCUCUCUCUCUCUGUGUGUGUGUGUGUGUGUGUUUGUGUGUGAGCUUACUGAUGGUCCCUGUGGUGUCAGGCUUUCUGUGGGGACACAGAGCAGGAGCAACGGCCUCCUGAGAACCAUCCUAGCCUUGACCUCAAACAUUCCACAGUUUCCUCCAUGACUCCCUUCAGAGGGGUGCUCUCUGUUUCUCUCUUUAGGAGCAUUUCAUUAGGAGCAUAAUAGUGUGUAGCUUCAUAUCAAUCACUCAACCCAGCACCCAGAUUGACCUGACUAAUCUAUCCUCAUUCUCUCUCUCUUUGUCUGUCUAUCAGCUGGCCGUACAGUGUUCACUACCUUCCUGAAGGCAGAGUUCAGCCAGGAGAACAUGGAGUUCUGGAAAGCUUGUGAGGAAUACAAAACGUCAGCUCCAAAAAAGAUGGCAGCUAAAGCCAAACAGAUCUAUGACCAGUACAUCGAGGCAGACUCUCUUAACGAGGUAAAAUGGAAAUAAAAAUAGGCUUAAACCUUCCCUUGGUAAUCUCUGCUAUACCGACAUGGUUUUAUUCAAAGGCAGUAUUCUGUGUUACACAGACCUGUUGGAGUCAUAAUACACUUAUGAGUAAUGACCCGGCUCUUUCAAUACAUCGGUUUUCUCCAUUAAAAGCUUUUAAUAAUCCUGCAUGAGUGCCUUUGACAUGGAUUCUGAUAACACUUAAUACAUCCUGUUGAUGUAUCCUCUUUUUCCUCUUUAACGAUUCCCACUUUCUAAAAGCACCUGUGGUUGUUCCUUUGAGAUUGCCGUUUUUGAUUUUUAUAGCGCUUCUUAUGGCACCUUUUGUAGAUACAGUAUCCUUGUUGUAUUGCAUUACUUAUAUAUCUCCAUUUCCCUUUCCCUUUCAGGUGAACUUGGACUCAGCGACGCGAGAGGAGACCAGACAGAACCUGUCUAAUGCCGGCCCAUUCUGUUUCGACGAAGCACAGCAGAAGAUCUUCACUUUGAUGGAGAAAGACUCAUACAGAAGGUUCCUCUAUUCCAAACUGAUCCAGGAUCUGUCCCCAUUGCCCACAACCACCCCACUCAGUGCUAUGGAGAAGAGGGGUGGGAAGAGAGGCUGUUCUGAGAACAGUGGUGCAUAG